AUUCAAAGGUACAGUUCGUCUCACAGGAAUUGUCAAUGUUUUUUAUGUAUGUUAAAUUCAAUUCCAAAAGUCCCACCACCCUCCUCUGUUUUCUCCUUUCCCCUGUUUCUAACCUGAUUCAUAAUGCAAAAAAUAUACACACAAUUAAUGCUUCAUAUGACUACAAUUGUACAAAUUGCUAGUUGAGAAAAAUGAAGAUCACAGAUGGAACUGCUACUUCAAUUGAUUAUCAGUUGAACCACCGCCGGAAGAAAACAAGAACUCCGGUGGCCGGAGUUCGGAGGAGUAUGAAGGAUGAAAAUGGUACAGCCUCAGCCAAUCAAUUCUUGCUGAACAAUUUUGAUGAAAAAGGCGAUGAUGACCCUUUGAUGGAAAUGGAAUGCAGAAGAUUUGAGCGUUUUAAUGGUGGGCCAAAGAUGAGUGUCUCCGCCAGAAAGCUCGCCGCUGGCUUGUGGCAAUUGGCGGCGGAUUUCGACUCGGCUGGUGGCGUUUGCGGCGGCAUGAGGCGGCAGCGUGGUUUGAUUCACCCGCUCCCUUCUUGGAUACCAAUUCCUAAAUCUGUGAUGGAGGGAUCUACAAAGUGGGAUCCUGGCCACUACAAAAUGUCCAGAGAAAUUAAUCAUUCCAACAGCGUUGUAAAGCUUUAUGAACGUCAACAUACUGUUACCACCUCACUUGCUCCUGCUUUACAAGUUGAACUAGUAAGAGCAAGAAUUCACAUUGAAGAGCUAGAAGCUGAAAGGAGGCGCCUUAGAAAAAAAUUCAAACACUUUGUGAGGAAGUUGAAUGAAGAAAGAACCUCAUGGAUAAGAAAAGAGUGUCAGAAGAUGCAUGCUGUAGUUGAUGGCUUAAAAGAUGAUUUGAGAAGAGAAAGAAGAAAUUGUAAACAGCUGGAUAUUGUUAAUUCCAAAUUGCUGGUUGAUCUAGCUGAUUCAAAGUUAUCUUCCAGACAAUAUAUGCAUGAUUAUGAGAGAGAAAGAAAAUCUCGAGAGUUGCUGGAGGAUGUGUGCAAUGAGCUAGUCAAGGAGAUUGAAGAAGACAGAGCUGAAAUUGAAGCAUUGAAGAGUAAAAGUGCUAAACUUGGGGAGGAAGUGGAAGAAGAAAGAAAAAUGCUUCAAUUGGCUGAGGUUUGGCGCGAAGAACGGGUUCAAAUGAAGUUGAUUGAUGCGAAGCUACUUUUAGAAGAAAAAUAUUGCCUGAUGAGUAAUCUUUUAUCAGAACUUCAGAGCUUUUUGAGAGCCAAUAAUGUAACUGUGGACAUGACUGACUUAAUUGAAGUGCAAGUGGUCAAGCAGGUUGUUGACUCAUUGAAUAUCCAAGAAAUAAAGGAGUUCUCUUCUACCUCUCCAAUAUUAAAUGACAUAUAUACACUUAAUGAGGGGUCUAUUAUAUGUGAAGCUAAAAAACUGGGAACUAAUAAGUUCGCUGAUUAUAGUACUCCUUGUCAUUCCUCUGCAAUCCAAAUUGUUAAUACUGAGGUGAGUAAAACAUGUGCCAUGAAAUCCAGCAAUGAAUGUUUGAAUGGCUUUCUUGAUCAUGAUGAGAGUUGCAAAGAUGAAAGUGGUAGGGAAACAGUGACCCAAGCUGAAGAUCAGUUCUCGAAUUACACUGUUGGUGAAACUGAGCAUUCUGUCAAUGGUAUUGACCGAAGCAGAUAUCUUUUAUGUGGCAAAGUGAAUCAUGAGAAGAACACUGGUCAAUCUGGUUCUCUGGAUUUUGAGACCAGUGAAAUCUCCUCGGUAUUACCAAAGAAAUCGAAGAAGAAAGGAUCCUCUUUUCGCAAGCUUUGGAGAUCCUCACUGUCAAAUGAUGACUUCUGUAAGACAAUCUCAUUCGAUGACAGUGGAAGAUUUUCAAAUGGAUCGACAUCUAAUGUGGAUGUUAUUUUGUCAGAGAAUGUACCAUCUGAAAGACCACUAGCCUACCAAGAUUUUGUUAAUCAUUGCUGCUCAGGUGGCCCAAGAAAUCCACAUACCGCUCGAGCCAUGAAAGGAUGUAUUGAAUGGCCACGGGGAAUACAGAAGCAUGGUUUGAAGUCCAAGCUUUUGGAAGCAAGAACUGAAAGCCAAAAAUCGUAAUUGCGCAAUGUGCUCAAACACUGGAUUUAGUUGGAGGAUGGCUUCAGUUUGCUACUUUAGGUAAUUGUCAAAUUUCAUGAAAAUCACGAACUAGUAGUUGGAUUCACAUGGUAAAGAGCAGCUGUAACAGUUUUAUCUCUUCAUAGCUGCCUCUUAAGGAUUUCAAUGAUGUUCAUCUUUUCAAUGAACUUCCAGAUAUCAUUAUAACUGUAUCCUCCCUAAAAUUACACGAAAUAUGUUAUAUUCGUCUUGUACAUGUUAUCUUCCAUGACAUAAAAUAUGGCAUUUUGAUUCUUCAAUUCUAUCAUUUCGCGCCCUUCCUUA